AUGUCACAAGUAGAGAAUGCACUAAAUUCUUUGGGAGCACAACAUAUAUACACGGAGACAAGAGAAGAUACAAGUGAACUUUGUCAACAACAUAAUAUGAAUAAUAAUUCAGAAGGAAAUUUUUCUGAUGAUAAUCCAACUGAGCACAUGGAAUUCCAACAACCAACAGCACCAUUAUCAACCACGGAUUCAUCAACAAUUUCGUCGUCAUCUACCUUAGAUUAUAAUUACGAGUCCUCAAAUUCAUCAACUACUAGCUCAUCAGAAUAUGAUACGCCACAGAUUAAUCCGAUUUCAUUUCUAAAUACGAUGCAUCAAAAGCUGAAUUAUGAACCACCAACUUAUGAGUUCUCUCAUGAUCCCGCUACGGGACAUUUUUAUUGUCAAGUGAAUUUUUGUGAUCAAGCUUACAAGAAUAUGAUCGCACGUCCAAAGAAACAACAAGCGAAAGAAGAUGCCGCAGGUAUUGCAAUGAAAGGUCUUUCAUUGCUUAUGCCAGAUUUCACAGCUACUAUUCGUCAAGAUUUGACAACAAUCAUCCUUUUCAUUACAACAACAAUUCGUUACUCCUCAUCCACUGGAGCUCGUUCCGAAAUCGCAUUAGGACAUCCAAUCUACGACCUCAGAGAUGACGGACGAGGAUAUUAUUUAUAUGACUGUACUAUAAUGGGUCGUACUUUUAAUCCUGAAUUAGCUCUUUGGCAAAAAAAUGAUGCCAAAGAUCAUGUUAGUAUCAUAGCAUUUAAUGUAUUAUUCAGGGAAUUUUAUGAUAAAGAAAUAAUUGAAAUACAAGGUCGGUUACAACCCUACGGAAUUCCUCCUACUUCGAUUGGAUUACCGCCUUCACACCCUACUCCAGCUUAUUCACAACCUCUACAUUCUAUGUAUCCUAAUACUGCCGAUGGAAGCAAUUAUUAUGCUACGGCUGAGCAUGCCAGUUAUUUAGCUACAGAUCCCAAUGGCCAAGUCGCUAUGUAUUAUUCUAAUGCUACCAUGACAAAUGCUUCUCUUCAAAGGAAUUAA